UGCAUUAAUGAAUGAUUAGUACAUCGUCAACAACGUGUUUUCCUCUGCGUGUAAUAUUUCCAAAACAGUUGAAUCGUUUGGUAACCAAUUAAUUGAACUUCUGAUUCGAAUAGUUUAUGUGAACUCACACCAGCAGCUGAAAGCGUGCGUGCGUGGCUGCAAUUUGAUUUUUUUGGAACAGGCUGUAUGUCCAUACUGGGUGUGAGUUGAACCUCUGAGGUUAAAACUUGUUAGUGAGUAUAUUUCAUAAUGACCGACAAUUAUCCAAAUAACGAGGAAUUAGGAGAAAAAAGAAGAAAGUGUGAAUUUAUUAAACAAGAGAUGCUGUGUACUGGUAAUUGGUUAUCUCUUCACAAGACAACUUACCAGGAUCCUAUGGGAAGGGAACAGACAUGGGAGACUGUAGAGCGAACCACUAGACGAGAGAACUACAAGACAGAUGCUGUCUGCAUUGUUGCCAUUCUGAAGCGUCUUCUACAUUACGACUGCAUCGUAUUAGUAAAGCAGUACAGACCACCAAUGAAAUGUUACACUGUGGAGUUUCCAGCAGGUUUAUUGGAUCCAAAUGAAAGUAUAGAAGACACUGCUAAGAGGGAAUUAAAAGAAGAAACUGGAUACACUGGAAAAGUACGACAUUCUGGAUUAGCUUCUGCUUUGGAUCCUGGCGUGUCAAACGGCAUUGCAGCUCAGAUUACUAUUCAUAUUGACGGUGAUGAUCCAAUAAACAAGAAACCAACUCAAAGAACAGAGGAUGGUGAAUUUAUAGAAGUUCUUCACGUUCCAGUUUAUGAUUUACUAAAGAAAUUACAAGUUCUGUCUAAAGAAGAUGACAUUGUUAUUGAUUCUAGAGUGUACGCUUACGCCCUUGGUUUGUCCCAGUCUUAUGAACUUCUCCACUGCAAGAAAAUUUGAACAUUUGAACGAAUGAAGAUACAGUUUUUAUUUCAUUUGAGAUUCUUAUUUACUCGCUGAAUUAUUUUUACAUUGAUUUUGGCUCAUCUAUUUUAUUCUUUAUUCUUUUACUAAUGUUAUUAUUAGAUAUAGUAUGUAAUUACCCUUUCCCCAUGGCUACUACUUGAGGUUUAAAGCAGCAGACAUUCAAAUUCUUUAUAGACCAUAUAUACAAAAAUGUAACCAUAUCAAACACAAUUUGACACGAUGACUGAGAACCAUAUCAAACAGAUUGUGGCAUGACUAGGGACCAUAUGAAAAACGAUGUAGAACGAUGACUGUGGAACAUAUGAAAAAUGAUGUAGAACGAUGACUGGGGACCAUAUGAAAAACGAUUUAGAAUGAUGACUGGGGACCAUAUGGAAAAUGAUGUAGAACGAUGACUGGGGAACAUAUGAAAAAUGAUGUAGCAUGAUGACUGGUAUGUUAUAAACCGCCACUAUCAAAACAAAAGCUUGUCAUGACUUAAACUUUACAUUAUAACUCAGUAAUGUAAACCUCGACUCGCAAGUAAAUUCAUGUCAACAAAAAGCCCCCAAAUUUGUUCAAUUCUGAUGGUGGUGAUUUAUAACAACAAUAUUGAACCUCUCACAGUGUCCUGUUGGAUUCAAAGAAGGUUCUAAACACAAUAAUGUGUUCAGUGAAACCCUCCUCAUCUAAUAUGAUGCUUUGGGUGUUAUAAUUUAAAUAUAUCUUGAAAUACAAUGAUGCAAAAUCAGAAAAUUAUUUUUAAAAUUUUCAAAAAUGAAUGUCAUCAUCACUUUGCUUUUUUAAACACUAUAUAAUAGUUGUGUUGCAAUGUGAUUUGUACCAGCAGACAUUGGUUGGUAAGAUUGGUAAAUAUCAUCUGUAUACAGCAGUUCAUUGUGUUGAUGUUUUAUGCAUUCAGACACAUGCAUGUUCGCUGUUGACUUUGUUGAGUUAUCACACGAGUGAUUGUCCAUCUCCAUUGUCCGCAUUAACUUCUUAGCUCUGCUGUCCUUGUAGAUUAUAGAAUGGAGCUGUUCAUAUUGGCAAUUAUCAGUCGGUGCCAGUCAACAAUUGCAUUAUUUUUGUGAAUAAUUUUGAGGAAGUUUUUUGUAGGUUAUAUACACAUUUUGUCUUAUGUGCAUUGUUCGAGCUACCACAAUGUCCUUGUAGGACAGUAGAGCUAUUUUGGUCGUCAAGUUGCUUGUUACUUUUUCGAUCACUUCUUGAAAACAACAAGCCUGGUUGAUUUGCUACUUGGUGUAUAUGUACCUUGGAUAGACCUAUUACAUUUGUUCAUUUCAUGAUAUCUUCAAUUUUUUAAUUGCAAUGUGUAUUGCUAACAGUGGACCUAUCUCAGUCAAGAGGCUGCUUGUUUUUUUUUUUCCUGUUUUCUAAAUAGCUGAAUAAUUUGCUUGAGGCAAUUUUCCAAUCUUAGUUAUAUGCUAAUAUCUGAGAUGAGUGAGCGAAAAACCUUUACCUAAUUUUGUUCUUGUUUUUAUUCUUUCAGCAACCAUUGAGCUAAAUUUGGCUUACUUGGUAUGUUUUAUCACAUGUUGUAAAAUGUACCUUUGAAAAAUAAAUACAGCACACAUCUUGAAAAAUAGUAAAGUUUACCAGCAGAAUUCUCCAGUUGUACAAAAUCUAGAUAUUUGUAGAAAUUGUGUAGUGCUGUCAGUUUGUCAGAAUUUAUCGUAAAAUUUUGAUGGCAAUGACAAAACUUCAGCUUCUUUAAAGGGUGGCAGUCGUCGUGCCGCGUUUUGUUCGAUAUGGGACUCAUAGUGACGUAUACAACGCAUGUAAAAUACAUUGUUUAUUUACAUGAAAUUCGAACACGCGCUGCGCGACGACCACCGCGUUUUAACUUUGUUAGCACAAAAUAGCUUUUGGUGCAUAAUCCACGUUUCUAUGGAGACAACU